AAAAAAUAGAGAGAGAAUUUUGCUCUUACCUAUUUAAUAAGUUCUACAUAAACCCAUUCCUUUCCUCGAAAAAUCACAGAUAUCUUGCUAGGGUUUUAGGAAAAGACACUGUCUCGCGAGUGAACACAGGUUACAGCAAUGGCUUUCUUUGGUAGAAUUGGGAAUUUAUUAAGACAGACAGCAAGCAGGCAGGUUAGUUCAGAAUUGCGAUCAUCCCCUUCGUUUUUUCAGGCUAUACGCAGUAUGUCAUCUGCUCCAAGCACAAAGCUGUUUAUCGGAGGUGUUUCAUAUUCUACUGACGAGCAAAGUUUGAGGGAAGCUUUUUCAAAAUAUGGUGAAGUUGUUGAUGCUAGGAUAAUUAUGGAUCGUGAAACUGGUAGAUCCAGAGGAUUUGGCUUUAUUACAUACACUUCGGUUGAGGAGGCAUCAAGUGCCAUUCAGGCCUUGGAUGGUCAGGACCUACAUGGUCGCCCGAUUAGGGUGAAUUAUGCUAAUGAAAGACCUCGUGGAUAUGGUGGCGGUGGCUUUGGUUCAUACGGUGCUGUAGGUGGCGGUGGCUAUGAAGGUGGUAGCAGCUAUCGUGGUGGUUAUGGUGGUGACAACUAUAGUCGAAAUGAUGGGAGUGGUUAUGGAUAUGGUGGAGGCAGGUAUGGAUCAGGCGGCAAUUAUGGGGACAGUGGCUCUGGCAAUAACUAUUCAGGAGGCUAUGCUGGUAAUGCCGGUGGUGUAGGCAAUCAUGAAAGCUCUACUGGUUUUGCCAGUAAUGGAUAUGAUGGAAGUGUUGUGGAUGGUGGUGUUGGUGCAGGUAGUGGCACUAGCUUUGCUGAUGGCUAUGAUGGAAGUGCGGGGUCUGAAUUUGGCAGCAGUGGCCAAUUAGAUAGCAAAGCAAGCAGCAAAGGAGAUGAGGAUUUUGGUGAUUACAGGGAUGACAACGAUGCAGAUGAUUUUGCCAAGAGGGCUUGAUGGAAUUUAAUAGUUUUUAGUUUUCUACUGCUCGUGUUCUGUAUCCUACCUCUUCCUAAAAUCUCUAUGGACUUCAACCUGGUGAGCAUUUCUGGCAAGUUAUCUUGAUCAGCUGGACAUGGAUGGGAACAACGUUAUCUAGGUCCAUCUUAAGCGUCUUUCUUCCCUUAUUUUCUUAAGAGUCAGAUAUCUCGUUUUUGUUGCUUACUUUGAGGUGAUUGUAUUAAACCAAAUUGAGAUAUUCAUACAGCAUGUAAAUCUGUGAAUUGUUGCAAGUCGGGACAACAGUUUGAGACUUAUGUGGGAAUUCAUAUCAAGUGGUUUAGUUCUGGACGAAAUAACAUUUUUAAACUGUCAUUUGAAAUAUUACUCCUCCCUUGCCAUGA